AUGGCGAAGAGCUACGAUGAAUACGAGCGAAUACGAUACUUUUACUACAUCCGGCCGCCGACACCACCGAGGAAGGACUGGUGGUUCGAUCCGAUGGGCACCACCACCACCGACUCGUCCACGACGCUGAGCGCCAGCGAGGAGGCCACCCUGCUGCUGUACGACAUCUUCAUCCCGAUGCUCGGUUCCGUCAUCAUAAUACUCAACCUGAUCGUCGUCGUAUCCGCCGUGCUGCUGCUGCGAAAAGGCCAGCAGCCGUACACCACGUACAUGUUCCUGGGCAACGUGGCCGUCUCCGAUCUGCUGACCGGGUUCGCGGUCCUCUACGGCCAGUACGCACCGCUGGAGCUGCGAGGCGAGGACAGCUGCGCCCUGAUGAUAGGUCUCAUCGUGUCCACAUCGCUGGUGUCCGUGUACAGCGUGGGGUUGAUAGCGAUCGACCGUUAUCUGUACAUCGUCUACGGGCUGCAGUACCAGCGUUACCUGACCCGGCUCCGGGCCCGCCUGCUAAUCGGCGCGACGUGGAUUAUCGGUGUGUCCAUCGGGUUUCUACCGGCGCUCGGUUGGCGCGGUGACACGGACGGCGGUCGGACGUGCUGGUUCAUCCGGUUGGCACCGCCACCCCUCGUUAUCCUCACGUCCGUCACCGGCAUCUUGCCGGUACUGCUCGUCCUCAUCCUGUACGGCAUCAUCCUGCGCAAGGCGCUGCGGCGCGUCAGCCAGCUGAAGAAGGCCUCCCGGGAGAUGCGAGGCGUCCAGACCGGCAACCUGCGCCUGUUCCGCGGCGGUGGACCGGGCGCUCGGUCCGCCACUGCCGCCACCGCCACCAACAACAAUCUUUCCGACACCGAGCAGGGCGUGAGUGAGGACGAGCUGACGGCCCGCGGUCGGACCGCCGACCGUGCCCGCUGUCUCUGCUUCCGGUGGCCCCGCUGCUGUUGCCGUGCUGAUGCUGCUGCUGGCACCAAGCGCGGUGCCGCCAAGCGGUCCAAGUCGUCCCUGAACGGCGGAACGACCAAUGCGUCGGCCGGCGGGACGACGGAACCGGCCGGUGCGACGGCGUCGGAACCGUCAGCGUCAACCAGCAUCAAGGGCCCGACCAAGUGGAAGGCGGUGAAGGUCGUCAUGUUCACGACGGGCAGCUUCGUGGUGACCUGGGUGCCGUACUUCAUCGCGAGCAUCAUGUACGUGGCGUGCGACCCGACCACAAGCGAGGAGCUGUGCCGGGGGCUCCAGUUCGCCAUCGCCAGCCCGCUCGCCAUCCUCGGGUUCGCCAACAGUCUGCUCAACCCGAUCAUCUACGCCUGGUGGCACAACGGGUUCCGCGAGUCCAUGAAGAAGCUGGGCGCCAAGCUGGGCCGCCGCCUGAACUGCUGCCCGGAGGACCAGGACUCGCCGGAUGGCUCCCGUGGCUGCUGUUCCUGCUGGGGAAGCUGCUGUCGUAAGUCACCGGAUCGCGACGGACCGGCCACGGUUUCGGCCACGGCUUCGGGUUCGGCCGCCACCGAGUCGUCCGGGAACCGGAUCAGCUCCAGUCAGGGAAGCAGCGACGGCGUUAGUUCCGCCCGGCGGUCGCUACCGGCAGACGCUCCGAAUGGACGGCCGCCGAUGGACCGAGAGUUCUCCACCACCGAGGACACCGACCCACAGGAUGUUGGGACACGAGUUUAA